AUGCAGACCGAUGAACUCCUCGUGGAUCGUAUCGGAUGUGUAACGGUUCUAACCUUGAACAGGCCGCGACAGCUGAACGUUCUCAGCGUGGCUGUGGUCCAAAAGCUGCUCGAGGUGUACGCGAAAUCGGAAUCGGAUCCUGGCGUUAAGGCAAUUGUAGUGCAGGGCUCCAGUGAGGCAAGGGUCCCUUGCCUGUGCGCUGGGGGGGACGUGAAGCGGAUAUACGAAAUGCGGCUGCAUUCAAAACCAGAACAACAUCAUGAGACGUCCUACGACGCACUCUCCUUCUUCGCGGCGGAGUACGUCAUGAACUCGUUCCUCAGUCGCUUGAGUACUCCGCACGUUGCCCUGAUGGAUGGAAUAGUGAUGGGAGGAGGGUGCGGCAUCUCUGUCAACGGCAAGUACAGGUGUGCAACCGAGCGAACUGUUCUCUCGAUGCCCGAGUGCGCAAUAGGACUUGUGCCGGACGUGGGCGGCACGUAUUUCCUCAGUAGAGUGCAAGGUGAGUUGGGAACGAUGCUGGCGCUCACGGGGAGGAGGGUGAAUGGAAGAGAUGCGAAGGACCUCGGACUCGCGACUCACACGCUGGCGUCGGAGGAUAUUCCGAGAGUCGCGAACGAGCUCGCGACCGCACUGGCCGAUGUUGACAAGGUCGACGCGACGGAGGUGGUCGAGCAGGUGCUUCGACGAUUGGAGACGCAGCUCCCUGAGAGCCCGGGUGACGUGCUGCCCCGCCGGGCAGAAAUCGACGCGUGGUUCGUCGGAGAUUGUGUCGAGGACAUCGUCGCCGCACUGAAGGACGCGGCGGAGGGACACGGAGGACGCCUGGCGGUCGAACUACUCGAAGCGAUCGAAGCCGGGUCUCCCACGAGCCUGAAGGUGACCUUGGCGAUGCUCCGCCUCGCCCGCCGAGCCGAACCUCCGCCCUCGCUCGUCUCGUGCCUCAGGACAGAACUGUGCGCGGUGGCGGGAUGCUUGGCGAGGGGUGAUUUUUACGAGGGAGUGAGGGCGCUCCUGGUGGACAAGGGGAAGGGGCCGAAACCGUCGUGGCGCGUCGGGAGGCUAGAGGACGUCUCCGCCGAGGACGUGGAGGCACAUCUGGCUCCCGAAACAAAGGAGGUGGGGGGUAUCGUGGCUAAGUUCUGGGAGGAGGCAAACGGGGACUGGACAGCUCGGCUGUGA